GGAUCAGUUGGCUGUAGAUGCUGCAAAGGAGAAGAGAGAUAUGGAGCAAAAGCACUCCACUAUUCAACAAAAGGAUUAUUCCAGUGAUGAUACUAAACUAGAAUACAAUGUAGAUGCAGCCAAUGGUAUUGUUAUGGAAGGUUAUCUAUUUAAGCGAGCCAGCAAUGCCUUCAAGACUUGGAACAGGCGCUGGUUCUCAAUACAAAAUAACCAACUUGUGUACCAGAAGAAAUUUAAGGAUAAUCCCACAGUGGUUGUUGAAGACUUGCGGCUUUGCACAGUUAAACACUGUGAGGACAUAGAAAGACGCUUCUGUUUUGAGGUGGUUUCUCCAACAAAAAGCUGCAUGCUUCAGGCUGACUCGGAAAAGCUGCGACAGGCAUGGAUUAAAGCUGUCCAGACCAGUAUUGCUACAGCUUACAGAGAGAAAGGGGAUGAAUCUGAGAAACAGGAAAAGAAAUCAUCCCCUUCUACUGGAAGCCUAGAAUCUGGCAGUGAGACAAAAGAGAAGUUGUUGAAGGGAGAAAGUGCUCUACAGCGAGUUCAGUGUAUUCCUGGUAACGCUGCCUGCUGUGAUUGUGGUUUGGCAGAUCCUCGCUGGGCCAGUAUCAACUUGGGAAUCACGUUGUGCAUUGAGUGCUCUGGCAUUCACAGGAGCUUGGGAGUCCACUUUUCAAAAGUAAGAUCUUUAACACUGGAUUCAUGGGAACCUGAACUUCUAAAGCUUAUGUGUGAAUUGGGAAAUGAUGUUAUAAAUAGAAUAUAUGAAGCGAAGCUGGAAAAAGUGGGAGUAAAGAAGCCACAACCUGGAAGCCAAAGGCAGGAAAAGGAGGCAUACAUCAGGGCAAAAUAUGUGGAAAGAAAGUUUGUAGAGAAGCAGCCUGCAUCAGUAUCUCCGCUUGAAUCUGGAACAAAAGUUUUGCCUCAAAGUCGGGAAGAGAAAAGGCACAGUGGCCCUGAAAAAUCCCUUUUGGCAGGGGAACAAGGUGCAGCAUCCCAAAAAGUACGAAGCAUUGACAGUGGGAUCCAGCAGAGUGCUGAUGACAGCAGAGAACACCUUGCCUCUACUAUAUCAACCAACAGUUUGUAUGAACCAGAAGGAGACAAGCAAGAGUCUUCUGUGUUCUGUGACUCCAAACAGCCUAGUCCAGGACUGCAGCUGUAUCGAGCUGCCUUUGAGAAGAAUCUUCCUGAUAUGGCAGAAGCAUUGGCUCAUGGAGCUGAAGUAAACUGGGUCAACGUAGAAGAAAACAAAGCAACACCACUCAUUCAGGCAGUGCAAGGGGGUUCGUUGGUUACUUGUGAAUUCUUGCUGCAGAACGGGGCCAAUGUGAAUAUCAGGGACAUGAAAGGAAGAGGACCCUUGCACCAUGCCACGGUUCUGGGACAUACUGGACAAGUGUGUUUAUUCCUAAAACGAGGAGCAAACCAACAUGCCACUGAUGAAGAUGGGAAAGAUCCAUUGAGUAUAGCAGUAGAAGCUGCAAAUGCAGAUAUUGUAACAUUGUUACGUUUAGCAAGGAUGAAUGAAGAAAUGCGUGAAUCGGAAGGACUCUAUGGACAGCCAGGAGAUGAAAUUUAUCAGGACAUUUUUCGUGACUUUUCUCAAAUGGCAUCAAAUAAUCCAGAGAAGCUAAACCGUUUCCAGCAGCCAGAUUCACAGAAGUCUUAAGUGUCAAGAAGGAAAAGAACCUGAUCCUUAGAGUGCAAGUCUUUUUUUUACUUUAACAGAAUGAAUUAUAUGCAUUUUGUUAGAUAGCUUGGAUAAAAAUACCACUCCAGUGUAGCUUUAGAUUGUGGUAGCUGGGGAAAUGUAUGAGUUUUUUUAUGUUCUACAGUAUGUAUACCUCAGCAGCUGAAGAAAAUGCUUAAAACCAGGAAUACCUGCUAGCUCAGUACAAAAAUAGCGCCUGCUAGCACGUCCGGAGUUUGUCUGCAGUUCAGUUCGUACAUAACGUUAGCAGAGCGCAGCUGGACGCGUUGCAGACUCCGGGUGGCAGGAUGAUGAGACCAGCUUUGCUGUUCAGUGUCCCCUACUGUCAUCUGUCUCCCUGUGGCCAUAAAGAAUGUGGCUCUGAGAAGAAGGUCUGGGUUGCAUUUUCUAGGACUGUUUGGAAGGGAAAUGGGGCAAUGACUUGCUGAGUUGCCCUUCUGUCUGCGGGCUUGUAAAUUAACAGAUUCUGUUGUUCCUGUGCUGACUGUGGUUAGAGGUAAGCUGUCAAUAACAAGACAUGGUAACUUCUGCUCCUUUGCAAGCUCUUUUUCAGUGGAAGCUUUAACACCAGGCUGGCCUUUAUGCUGGUGACUGCGGGUCAGUCACAAUAGGUGUAUAUCCUGGAGGACCAAACUUCUAAGAGCAAUCUAUUUUCCUUCCCCUCUGUCCCCUCUUAAAUUAAACUUUCUGUGAAGCAAGUAUGCUUUUAAUUGAGCAUGUGGAAGCAUUCAUGAAAAAUAAACUUAAUCUUGCUAGA